AUGUCGAAACCUCUAACAACUACUGAAGCCCCAACAACAUCCACAACUGCUGAGCCUACUACCUCCACUACGACAAUGAAACCUACCACAACAAGAAUGAAGCCGACUACAACCACGAUUUCAGUAUCAACAACUACCACUGCAACUGAACCAACAACUACAACGACAACAACAAAGCCAACAACAACCACAACAACUGAAUCAACAACUACUACCACAGAACAAAUUACAACAACCACAACAACAGAGCCAACAACAACCACAACUUCUGCUCCAACAACAACCACAACAGCUGAACCAACAACAACCACUACAACUGAACCAACAACAACCACAACAGCUGAGCCAACAACAACCACAACAGCUGAGCCAACAACAUCUACAACAACUGAGUCAACAACAUCCACAACAACUGAGCCAACAACAACCACAACAGCUGAGCCAACAACAUCCACAACGACAGAAUCAACAACAACGACUACAACCGGACCAACAACAACAACUACCACUGAACCUACAACAACGACUACUACUGAACCAACAACAACCACUACGACUGAAUCAACAACAACGACUACAACAGAAUCCGCCUCAACCACGACUACAACAGAACCCACCACAACCACGACAACUAAGCCAACUACAACUACCACAGCUAAACCGACUACAACAACUACUACUGAACAACCAACAACUUCUGUUCCAGUUACGACUGAAGCCCGUAAGAAUUUUGCAUUUUUUUGA